AUGGCAGACGAGCUGGACCCGAAGUCCUUACUGGGCCUUACACCCACGUCUGCUAAACUAGGUGCUUAUAUACAAAAACUUGCCUCCUUAACCUCGUCCUCGGCUGCAUCCCCCGAAGUGAAGGCCUAUCCCGACGCAGUGUACUACAACUUCUACAGCAUCGGCAUUAGCCUACUUUUCGCACCCGCCAAGGAUUAUAGGCCAAAGGCGGGCGCAACAUCGGAGCAACUUGAGACGUCGAAGUUGGUACUCGACGGGAUAGACAUCUACAAUGCAUCGAGCAAGAAGCCAACAGACGGCAAACCUGCAAGGGCGCUCUCCAAUCCCGCCUAUUCGCCCUUCCCCAUGACACCCUUCGCCCUCGCCGUACUACCCGAUGGGAAGGACGGAAAGGCUCGAAAAGAUACGACGCUGUCGGUUGGGCCGGAAACGACAGGCAAGGACUUUGUUGCCUUACUAGGCGAGCCCGACCGCAAGGGUGGCGGAUCGGGCCCGUCUUCGGGGAGCAUUGGCAUUUGGCUUGAAUGGUCCAAGGAUGGGUUGAUGGUCGAGUUUGGGGGAGAUGAGAGUAGAGGGCCGCAGGCCUGGGAGAAGGGGAAGGAUGCUACAUGGAGCGUGAUCUCUGUCUUUACCCCGAAAUGA